GAGAGUAAUCUGCUUUUGACUCUGUAGUCAGUCACUUAGCCUCAUACUAGGAAAUGGUUAAGUAACCACGAGUCGGCAGUUAUCCAUAGGCCAUGUGUUAAUCCUCUUGUAAUAACCCUGGGACGAUCAGAGCGCUUGCGUGUGUGUGAUAGGACGAUUUGUUGCGCUGCAAGUGGUGACUGGAGCUUACAUUAACAAUUGAACAAUUUCUACAGUGAAGGAUAUGUGUGGCGGAAUGCUUCGUCGGCACUUUCAGAAGAAUAUCAUGCUGAUCUUCCUACCUUUACGAUGUUGUUUGGGAUCGAGGAGAAUGAAAGUUUCAUGUCUCCCUACUCAGAGUUUGAUUACUAGUUGGCACUGGCUAAACGCUAACGUGGAUCAUAUCGUAUUCACUGAAACCCUAGUGGCUACUUCUUCAACGCCUGGUGUCGUCUACCGACAAAUUUCGAAUGACUAUUUCAAAUGUGUCGAAGUGCAGAGGCAAUACUUCGUGGAGCACUGUGGACUGGAAAGCAGCUCUGAAAACAUCCCGAUGGAUUGAAAGUUGCUCUCCUCGAAUCCGUGCGGCUUUUGGCGUCGUUCGAGUAGUCUGAUGUGGCCCCUCUUGCACCAUCCAACGACAUCACUAUUAUCGUUGUGGAACUAAUCAAGUAUUAAACCAACGAACUACAGUUCAGGGUUUAAGUACUUGUGCCUUGCCAAGCUUAAACUGGAACAGUUUUGGGGAGGGUUAAAGCAGCGAUACUACCGUAAAAUUGAAAAUGCAUUAGAUUCUCCUGACACGACCGUGCGGUGGAAUUAGCUCGGCCAUUUUGUUGUAGUGUAGCGGGUCGUGUCGGUAGGGACUGCGAUGGCGAUGAGGUGCGAAGAUUGACUGUUUCACUGGAUGUGAUCUCUGAAGUUCUUCCCCUUCUGCGAAAAACUUCCAGCAAAGUGGAGGAUUUCGUUGUUAGUGGUUGCGGUUGCGUCGUCGGGGCUUGGGAGAAGUGCACAGCCACCUACGAGGGGCGCUGCACAGGCCUGAGAAGUCUGGUUUUGGGGCUGCGCAGACAUGGCGGAGAAGUUGAAUCGUGUGCCGUCGAAGAAUAUCCUAAACAAACGAAUAAGAAUGAUUGUGCGGUCAGUACAUAUCAAAGAGCGGUUGUUGUAUUUUCUUCGUCAUUAUCAUCCGCUGUCAGACUCGUUAGAUUCAGAACCAAGAGUUUCUGCUGGCACUUGGGUUGCCAAAAUUCCUCUCCCCGAGAGCGACGUCAGUGAGCAAGCAUUGGAGGAAAAUGAAGACAUCGUUCAUGAGCAAGGACUGGAUACCGAGCUACUGGAGCAGCUUGUCCUGAAACUCACAAAGCUUGAAGAGAAGAUUUUUGUCCUGGUCAAAUAUUUGAAACAUUUGGAUUGUGGGAUUUGCAAAUCUCAUCCCAUGGCAAAACUCGAGGUAACUGAUAGUGGGGAGUUAUUGUGUAAGGCUUGCAUCAUGCAUCGAUUUACAGGUGGGAGUACAUCUUAUCCUGUUACACAGAAUACGGACACCGAACACGUCGUAGUGCGUGUUGAUUUCAAUGGGAUGGCACCCAGUCCUGUAGAUGCGGGGCCAUCUGACGAAGUAGAAUCAAGUGUUGGAGAAUCAAGUAGUAUCUCGGAUGAAUUGAUUGAUCAACCUUUGAGUGUAGCAGUAAAAGAUAGGGUUAAACUCCUUUCGCUACAGGCCCCUAAAGUAUUGAGAGGAUUACGUGAUCUCGUCGGGAUCACAAACGUUCCGGGUGGUAAGUAUGAAGUGUUCAAAGCAGGAGCUAUACCUAAAGCUGUAGAGUUAACAGGGACGAUGGAGUGCACUAAUCGAGCGUUGGAGUUGUUGAAGGCGGUUACAAGCUUUACGAAUGGUGAUGCGGACGUACCUGAAAGAGAUAAAACAGAGAUCUUUGAAGCAGUCGCUGAUCAUUUGGACGUCCUCAUGAAGAUAAUGGAACAGAAAAAGGAUCCCGCAGCUCUUCAUGCUGCGGAGACUGUUGUUAAUAUGUUGACAAACAACGAGAUAUGGCACACAGUACGGACCAGGUAUCAUAUUGUUAAGGCACUAGUUGAGUUGUCGGAUCGAGCAGACAGUGUGCGUCUCCAAGGGUUAGCACGCCUAACAAAAGUAGAUUCAACGAGCCACGAAUACUCCAAAAUUGAAAACAUUGCAAUAUCUUUGGUGACGUUGUUGCAAGAAGGGCUCGAGAGGUCGGACUUAGAAAACUUGGUGAAUGAUUCGCUUGAAAAGUUGAAGGUCCUGGUGAUUGACCAGGUCAUACCUAUUGAUUCGGUGUACCCCAUAGUUCGAAAGAAAAUGUUGGACCUGAUGACGACUAAUAAAUUUGAGUCCAUUUCCAGUAUACUUGGAAGGACGGCAUUUAUAAGGAUCAUGACGAAACAUUGUACGUUGUACAAAGAGGACAUCACAGAAAGUUUACUCUUGGGCAUCAUGAGAAUGAUGGAGAGGACAGUAUCUGAGAUGUCGAAACUUAAGGCGAAGGAAAUUGUGACAGUGAGGGAUCUGGAAAAGCUCCUUAAUCUUUUUGUAGAGUUGCUGUGUAUCUUUGCAACUCAUCAGAAAAAAUUGGUUGAAACCGUGUUUACUCAAAACGUCAGAGUGAAAGGAAAGCUCAGGAAUAUGGCAGUCGACCAAAAUUUGAAAAUUUCGGUGGAAUCCAGGGUUGAGAUCUUACUACUUUUCGGCCAAAUUGAUAUUCCAAGUAGUCAAGAUAUACUGGCUGAAGGUAUCACAUUAUUGGGCAAGAUGGCAACCUCCCCAGUGAAUAAAGAGAAGGUUGCGGCGGGGUUACGAAAGAUCGUAGUUACGCGAAAGGGCUUAACUGAGAUCCAAUUGAAAGGAGUUGUUGAAGCGCUUUUGGGGUUGUUGAAGGAUACAAACGAGAAUUGUCAACAGGAUGCCCUGAUUGCCUUGCAAGCGUUACCUCCAGGUGUUGCAAUCCCGAAUAAGAUGCUGCUGCCUGAAAUUUGCUUCAAGUUUCUUGAUCAAAGUUGGAGAAAAGAAACCAGAAAUGCAGCCAUUGGUCUCCUCUUCUUGGCAGUAAAAGAGGGUGUAGUUAGGGCGGACACGUUUGUGCAGACAGAGGGAGCGAUGGAGGCUUCACUGAGUUGGUUAAGACAAAACAUGGAAAAACCUGGUAGUCAAGAGGAUGUAGCAAAGGCUGCUUUUGCAAUCCUCAAGAUGGCAGCAGACGAAUAUGAGGAAUUUGUCCGCCUUCGUAUUGAAGUGGCUGAUUUGAAGAUCCUCAUCGGAUGGGUUCAGCAGCGAGGUACGGAAGAUUUGAAAGAGUUGCUGACUAAUGCCUUGGUUCUUAUCCUCGAAAGUGGGACAGCUAAUAAGGAAAGUUUAACGAAGAUUGGUGCUCAUAACUUUCUUUUGGAUGCACUACGCAAUGAAAAAUUGAAGUUGACAGCAGUAAAAGGUUUUGAGCAUCUUGUUACCAAUGAAAAUUCUCGAAAGGAUGUAUUGACCUCUGGUUUUGUGGAAAAAGCAGUGGAGAGCAUCAAUUCGAAAUUUGCUCCCUCCGGAAUUGCUCGUAUUUUGAAACAGAUUUGCUCUUCGGGGGGAUUAGAGUGGAUUUGUCAAUGCCCGAAUAUCGUCUCGAAAUUGUUGAUUCUCCUGGAACAUUGUCCCGAACCUGAUGGGAAAGGAUCGACUGCGACUACCAUUGCAGAAGUGUAUGUCCGGCUCAGGAAUGAUGAACGUACGUCAAUUAAACGUAACGAAAUGAUACUCGUAUGUUGUCAUUUGCUCCAAUACCUUGGACAGGAUGACCAAUCCCAAGUCGGCGUGGUUCUUGAAACCCUUGAAGUUCUUGCAACCGAGGAUGAAGUGAAGGAAAUGAUACUUAAAAAAAAUGUCUUCAAGUGUUUCCACAAGUAUCUUACACAAGCCAGUGCAAUACGGGAUCUGGUGAUAAAAAUUCUGGUGAAAAUGAGCAGCGUUUUUGAAGACGGUAAAAGUUCCGACUAUUCGAUAAGGAUGGGUUAUGCUUUUGCUUCCACAAGAAUUGCCGAGCAGCUUUGUGGUUUGGUAAAAACGGAGCUAGAAUCUCGCGGUGAUGAUUGGUCAGAAUUUGAAAGUAUGAAGAAUUUGCUCAUUCUCAUAAGAAAUUUGAGCUGUCAUGGGCCUAUAAGGCAGGAUCAGCUCUGUAAGAGCGGGGCUGUGGAUAUAUUGUUAUCCAUUGUACAGAAUCACCAGAGAUUCUCGUCUAUUGUGACGGCGCUUUCUGUACAAGCACUUGACACAUGUAUCGAGACAGUAGAUCUGAAGAAGGAUUUUCUUAAAAGCGAUGGAAUCGGAUGUUUAUGUGGGGUGUUGAAAACCUCCUUCACUGGAAAUGUUUCUGAUGCCCUGAUUAUUUCAAAGUCAAUAUUGGCUUUGUUUGUGGGUAGUGAAACAUCAGUGGUCAGAGCUGAUCCUACAAGUAAACGUGCGUGCAAAAAGAUUCUUAGCUGCGACAUCCUUCCUGAAUUACACCAGAUAAUUCAUGAAAAUUCCAGCGACGACCUAGCCCUAGCAAAAUUUCAUGUUGGAGUUCUCUUUUAUUGUUUGGUUUUAAAUUCGCCACUUUCAAGGAAUUUUCCAAGCAAUGACAGUAUCGUAGCGCUAAUUCACUUGAGGGCAGUGGGGGGCUGCGAAAAGAUGGCAAAUCAGGUCUUAGAACAUUUGAGGGGUAGCGGCAAAGAGUGUAGAAAGCGCAUCGAUCAGUUAAUUAAAGUCAACAAGUUGCUGUAUGAGUGAAGCUCGCAUUCGAACUGCACAAGGAAUUGAAGUGCAUUUCAAGACUAUGUAAGAAUAUUCAGGGUGUUUUGUCAAUACUCUGCAGGUUGUGGUUCUAAUGCUCACAUAAGUUUUUGCAAAGGAAAACGUUCAGGGUGGUGUUGCUGCUCACAGGGUAGGUGAUUUCUACCAACAAUAUUCAGGCACUUUUUAGAUUUAGUCUCGUGUGUGCAUCCACUUGUUGGAUCUAUCAUAGGUCAGCAAAUGUGGGGCACAAAGGUAGAGGUAGUUAAGAUGACACCUUUCAUGAAUGAUGUACUUCAGAAAUGAUGAUACUGUAGAAGAAGGUUUCCACAAAGCAUGUGGAUAGCGGAUCAGAUUUUUAUUUUAUCAUUGUACGGUGCAAGAAUCAUGGGAAGAUGUGCCGCCACAUUAUAGCGUAGUUUGUAAACCCUUAGAUUGGUGUUGUAGGUGAUGUAUAUGAUAGUGUUGGUUGUCUUGGAUUUAUAGCAACAACUAGGUAACUUGAGCAGUGCUAGGAAUGUGCAUUUGCGAAUUUCAAUUGACAAAAAUGCGUUGUCAUCUUUACAGUGCAUAUUGCUUCCAUUGAUGUGA